AUGGAGUGGCCAGAUUUCAGCUUCCGCGACAAGGAACUGAUCAAGUUGGUAUGGAAGCAGGUCGAGGGCGACAAGGUGGGGCUGGGGGUUGCCAUCUACCAGAUGAUAUUUGAUCAGGUAUGUCUUUAUGUUUUUUGACGUUUGUUAUUAUACGGUACUGUAAAGUGAGUAAAGAAGGUUGCUUAUCUAUUUUUUUUUGAAAAAGUUAAAAUGAUUGCACCGUGCUGUAACUAAUUGGGUUUAAAAGUCGUUUUAGAAGCAUUUUGAAACCACAAAUUUCAAAUUCCUGCCAUAACUGUUAAAUCAUCUUUCCAAAAUGUUUAAAAUUCAAGUUUAGUCACUCUGUUUCGUGAAAUUAAACAAUAGUCAGACCAAAUUGAGUAAAAAACAUGCGCCGAUCUUGUUGAAAUUAAGUUUUGCGACAAAUCUAAUAGACGGAAGUAAACACAGUACUUAGGGCUUAUUUACUACUACGUUACUGAGCAUCUUGCAAACAAGCUCAAUUUGAGACAAUUUUUUUAAAAAUGAUUUUUUUUUGGUUUUGGAAAAAUUUGAAUUUUUAUUUCAAAAAGGCAAUUUCAGAUAUUAGAUUGUUCAAAUAAUUCUGUGCUCCUAAUUUCAAAGAGUUGUUUUGAGAGGGAGUCCAGAGUUUGUUGAACAACCCAAUAGUUUUGUAGUUUUUGAAAUAUGAUUAUAAAAUGGCAGUUUACCCUUGAGGUUGACCUACAUUUAAAGAAUUGGUCAAAAAGUCUAUAGAGUUACGCGUUUUUUUCAAACUUUACAAAAUACUGCCUUUUUAUGGGUUUUGCUUGCUUGUUACUUUACUAAAUAGUUAAUGUAUUAUACUUGGUUAAUAUUGUACUAAAAAGGUACUUUAUUAUAUUUGGUUACUACUGUACUAAUCUUUACUGUAAUGUUUGCGUUUUUAUAAUAUUUUUUUUAUUUUUUAGUGCCCUGAAGCCAAAUUACUGUUUCCUUUCUUGAAGUACAAUUCUGACGGUUCUGAAGUCAUCAACAAUGAGUUCUCCUUUCAGGCGCUUCGGUUUGUUCAAGUAAGUCACGUGUUUGUUUACUGACAAUUAAAGAUCACACUUCCUUAUAUUUUAAUUACAGUACAUGUACUUUGUGGUAGAUCUGUGCUUUUGGAGAUACGUUAUUUUGAAAAUUUUUUCAUUUUAAAAAUUUUUCAAAAUUUUGAAAUGAUUGAAUGGGCUAGUUUCUUCAAUUUUUAUAUUGUAUGAGUACAACGUACUAUGAAAAACGCUCUAAAUUCUAUAUAAUAGUGGUCAUGGGUAUGAUGUUGGACAAAAAUAGGAAAUAUACUGUAAUUUGUGUGCAAACUUAAUUACAGCGACAUUUUUAGCAGUAGCAUGAUGUUCUAUUGCUCUUACUCUUAAAUGAGUUACUUUUUUAUUGAGUACGUGCUUAAUUAAAACCUUUUUUACAAAGCUGUUUGAUCUUUAGGUUUACUCGGUAAACAUUUUACAUUAGAAGCUACUUUGAUCUUACAUUAUAACAGCAAAUAAAAAAUUGUAAUAGAAGUAACUCGUUAUAUUAUAUAAUAGUAACCUAAAAGCAAAGACCCUUGAUAUUGUGUACAACUAAAACGUACUAUGUAGCAAUACAAUACUUAAAAUAUAAUAUCCUUUCAUAAAACUUUUAAUUUUAGGUUUUGGAGAGCGGAGUUCAUAACCUAGACCAACUAGAAGCCAUGGAUAAUAUACUGAACAACCUCGGUAGACGUCACGGUCGUCUGAAGGCAGCUGUAGGUUUCAAACAGUGCUAUUGGGUGGUGUUUCGAGAGUGCGCUUUGUAUCAGAUACGAAAAUAUCUUGAAGUACCACAGAAGAAACAUAGCAUAUGGACUCCAGAGAAGGUGGACGAAGCUCUGAUUCUGUGGAGGUUUCUGCUUCAUACGAUCAUCGAGAGAAUUGAGGUGAGUGUUAGGGUAUAUUAACUUGAAUAACAUAGGUAUAGGUCAAUAAAAAUUGUUAAGCAAGUUACUACUGUAGUAAAAAAAUAUUAUAGUAACAAAUAACUUAAAAUUAUAUUAUGUUCAUUAUUGUACUCUCGAGCACUAAAAACGUAAUAUUUUAUGUUAAGAUUGGGUACGAGCAAGAUCUGAAGAACCGAUCGUACAGUAUUGACGAACGUGGAGAGGACUUCUUUCCUCGGAAGUUACCGAGUAAAUCCACCUCAAUUGAAAGCGGUGGAUCUGGCUCCAGAAAGACUUCGAAUCAGAGCCGAAGAGAAGAUCUGUCAGAAGCCUUGGGGUAUCUGAAUCCGUUCAAGAAGCGAGGAAGCUCUGGCUCCGAUUAA